GCGAUCGCCAAACCGAAUCAGGAAAUGGGAACGAUGACCUGACGCCGCCGGAGUUGGAGAUUUUAUCGUGUGUCUGUUCUGUCAAAGUUGGAAGAAUUAAGUCGCCUGCUGACGGCGUCUCAUUCACUGUACGAUCUUUUAACCGUUAAAGCUAAAGUUUACACCUUUCGCUUCUUUCAGUCAAGGAAAAACAAGACUCGACAGAAGGUUCGCGCCGAUCAACUUUUAUGGAUGACAAUAAUGAAGGCACGCCAGCCUCUGGGAUAAAAGGCGCUGUUUACGGUUCCGUUUUGUUUUUCUUUUUAGUCUGAGGUUGUUCUGUUCAUACGAAAACAUCCACUGCACAUCCAGACCUGUUACGUCACUCAAAUACUACACAACACAGGAUUUACAGAAGUGGCACGUGCGGUGUGUGUGCGCGCAGUCCUGUUUAUCUUAUAAUAAGAUAAUGGAGCUCGUGCCGUGUCCGGCCAGUACGCACACCACGCCUCUUCCCCACGCUGGACCCAGCAGGUGACCGGGCAGGUGUAGCAGCAGAAUGCCGUCCGAUGUGGAGUACAGCCCGGUGGGAGAGGGGCUGGGGAUGCGAGACUUCUGGCUGUACGUGUGGCUGCGGAGGGCGGCGCUGAUUGCGGCUCAUGUCACCGGCCUCGGUCUGACCCUCACCAUCUCCCUGCUGUCCAGACCCGGAACUAGUCUGUUUUCUUGGCAUCCAUUGUUAAUGUCUGUUGCAUAUUGUCUGUGUUUGACAGAGGGCAUCCUUCUCUUCUCCGCUGAGGGAUCCCCCUUCUGCUUCAAAUCUCGCAAAUGUAAAAUCCGCCUCCACUGGUUCUGUCAAGCUCUGGUCCUGAUAGCUUCAGCCAGCGGAUUUGGUUUCAUGGUGGCCAGCAAGAACGUCUCAGAGAUCCCUCACCUGGUCACCUGGCAUAGUCUGCUAGGCGUCUGCACGCUGGCAGCCACCGUGCUUCAGGCGGCUUGCGGCGUGUGCCUGAACUUCCCCAAGCUGCUGCGCCUGCCCUCGUCUCUGCCCAAGCUGAAGCUGUACCACGCCACCUGCGGCCUGGUGGUCUACCUGCUGUCCACGGUCACCGUGGUGUCGGCCAUGUUCUCAGACUGGUUCCAGGCUACGGUGAAAGGUGUGGUGUGGUGGGUCUUCCUCCUGCUGCCCUUCUUUCCCGCCCUGGUGGUCAUGAACCAGAUCACCAGUGCUUACCUGCCACGCAAGAAGAUCUCCAACUAGGAGGCGCAGAGGACUCCCACUGGAUUCCAGUGAAAGCAAAGGGCUUGACACACCGGUCAACUCAAAGACAAUAGGGCUGUGACAUGUUAUAUCUAAGAUAUUCAAAGAGCUGCACACACAGACAAACAUGUUUAUUUAAAAACAUUAGGCUUACUAUGGGACUACUAUGAUGCCUCCUCCACUGCCUCAAUCAGAUGGAAUGCUAACAAACGAGUCUGCAGGUUUGUCUUUGUUAUUUACGACAGGGUUUCUUAUUCCUGGUCUCUCAGGACCCACUGCCCAGCAUGUUUUAAAUAUUUCCCCGCUUUAACACACACCUAAUUCAAAUGCUCAGGGGAAACAUCUAAAAUCCUGAAGACCAAAUCCUUGUUCCUUUUUUUUGUUUUGUCUUUUGAAUCAGCUCCUGUUUACACGGAUACAUGCACACCCAGUGUAUUUUAAGGGUCACACAUAUGUCUCAAAAUAACUUAAUACAUUUGAACUUACUAAAUGGAAGCAGCACAACAAAUAUGCAGUGAAAGCAAAAAACAUCUGUGUAUGUGUGUGUGUGUGUUCUGGAAUCUGAAAGGACACAUGCUGUGAUUGAUGAUUCUACACCAGCCCAUUAUUUCUAUUUAUUUAUUCAUUCAUUAGUGAUAGUUUAAUGACACAUGUACAGUGUGGUUCAGUCCCACAUUUCUCACAAACACAUCAUCAAAAACUGUGAGGCUGAUAUCUUUUUCAACUCCCUUUCUUUUCUUCUGGUUAUGGAUAAUUUGUCAACAUCAUCGCUAAUUUGAGUAUUUCGCUAAAAUCAUUGUGGAGUGUAAAGCACACAUUUCUGUUACUGAGUUUCAAUAAAUGUGAAAGUCAAACAUUCAAAUUCA